AGUUUAUUGCCAGACUCAGUCUCAGAUAGUUCGACGACAAGAUGUCUGCGAAUUGGUUUACCUCGUUUAUUCUCGUUCUCAUUGCCAACACGGUGCUUGCGGGGCUUUUGCCACGUAUUCAAGAUGAAAACGUUCAACUGGAGCCCACUGAUAAAAACAAAUACUCUUAUACUUUAAGAAUAAUUCAUCCAGAUAGCGCUGUGCGUGAGGAGACAGUGGAAGAAGUCGCACCUGGAGAGCUGGAAGUGAAGGGCGUUUUCACACAGGACUUUGGGGAUGUAUCUGAUCCCAAAGACAACUCAAAUCCGGAAAUCUUUAGCAGAGUUUUGGUGGUCACCUAUGAGUCAGGGAUUAAUGGUUACAUAGCCAAGUACAGCUAUGUUCUAAAGCCACGUGAAACUCCAACCCUAUCACUCAGCCCUAAUCUCUUGAAGGCGACACUUGGUUAAAAUUAAUUAGACUUAAGCAUUGAAUUUAUUUAAAAUUAAUCUUAAUAUUUUUUUUUUUGCGGUGUAUUAAAAGUUUUCUUUUCAAUCGAUUAAGUAUCGAUUGACCGCCAGAUGGCGCUGCAA